ACCAAAUCUGCCUAUCGAGGGAUCUACUGAUUACCUCUUAAUUAAUUUUUUUCUCUCUCUUUCCUCACUUUUUUUAAACUUUUCCCAAAUUUUAUGAUAUUUUAAAAUCAUGUUACAUUUUUGGUCUUGUGCAGUGCCUAGUGGAUUUUAUCUUGAGAGGUAGAGGACCUAAAGUACCUAGGGUCUACGGUCCAAACAGAUCUCUUCAUCCUGCUUUUAUUUUGGUAGGCCAAUUCCAUUUCAUGCAGAAAUGCUGAAUUUGCACACCAGCUCAAAUGUUCAUUCAAAUUCUUCAUCUAUUUAAAUAUAUUUUUGUAUAUUUAUAUAGAACUCUACAUUUUUAACAGUAUUAAUAGAAGCAAAAUGUGUCAAAAUAGAUCUGUGAUUUAAUAUCGCAUUAGUUUAGAGUUAAUGUCCCAUUGUAUUUGCCACACAUUGUAAUCCAAUUGAAAUGUCUUUGUUUGGUCAAACCUUCUGUUUUGUUUUAGCCAAACAUGCUUCCAGCCUGUUGCUGCGGUGAGACCCUCCCAGGAGGCGGUCUCAUGUGUUCAUCAGCACUCAGACGCUACUCUGAGACCAGUCCUACUGUUUAUUAUAAGGGAUCUAACAGCACACACAUGGUCGUUCUGAGGAUAAGAAAUGUGCAUAAAAGGAAAUAUGCACUCAUUUGCUUGUGCAUCAUUGGCUUCAUCAUCUAUCAAUAUAAGAGCCUGCCAGCUAAGAGGUGGAGAAUGAGCAGGAAGGUGGGACUGAGCGCAAACACAUCCCAGUUCACCCUGGAGGGGGAGACCUUCCGUAUUAUUGGGGGAUCUGUCCAUUACUUCCGUGUUCCCAGAGCCUACUGGAGGGACCGGCUGUUGAAGAUGAAGGCCUGUGGCAUCAACACCCUCACCACCUAUGUGCCGUGGAGUCUGCACCAGCCGGAGGACGGGGUUUUCAACUUCCAUACGCAGCUGGACUUAGAGGCCUACAUCAAUCUUGCGGCUGAAAUUGGAUUAUGGGUAAUUUUACGUCCUGGUCCUUACAUUUCAGCCGAGCUGGACCUCGGAGGACUGCCCAGCUGGCUCCUCAGGGACAGCAGAAUGAGACUGAGGACAACUUACCCAGGAUUUACUCAGGCUGUCAACACUUACUUCAACAAACUUAUACCCAAAGUGGUUCCGCUGCAGUUCAAGAAUGGAGGUCCGAUCAUUGCUGUUCAGGUGGAAAAUGAGUAUGGAUCCUUCGCUAAGGACCAGGGCUACAUGCUGUUUAUCAAAGAGGCUUUAAUGUCCAGAGGGAUCAGCGAGCUACUGAUUACAUCAGACUUCCACAGCACGCUGAAGUUCGGGGGAGUCGACGGAGCCAUCAGGUCAGUGAAGCUGCAGAAGCUGAAUCAGAGAGACGUCCAGGAGCUGACCGCUCUCCAGCCUAACAGCCCCUCCUUGGUGAUGGAGUACUGGCCCGGUGGGUUUGAUGUGUGGGGUGACCUCCACCAUGUCCUGCCUCCUGAGGACAUGGUGUCCACCAUGAGGGAAAUCCUGAGGCGAGGGAUGUCUGUGAACAUGUACAUGUUCCAUGGAGGAUCCAGUUUUGGCUUCUUGAGUGGAGCACUGGCCGAUCCAUCCUACAGAGCCCUGGUCCCCAGCUAUGAUUAUGAUGCUCCUUUAUCUGAAGCUGGGGAGUACACUCCAAAGUACCAUCUACUGAGAGAUUUACUGUCUCGAUACAGCAUGGAAGGAGACAGUCUCCCAGAUCCACCAGCCUUGCAUUACAGAGAGACCUAUGAGCCUGCUAUCAUGUACCAACACCUGCCAUUAUGGGAUGCUUUGAGCUUCGCCGAGGGACCUUUUAAAUCACCAAAGCCUUUAAACAUGGAGAAUCUGCCAGCCAACAAUGGGAAUGGCCAGUCCUACGGCUACACUCUGUAUGACACCAGCAUCAGCAGUGGAGGGGUGCUGAAAUCAUGUGACCACGUCCGAGAUCGAGCCCUGGUUUUUGUAGACAGACGCUACAUUGGCCUUCUGAAGCGUCAGAACCAGGAGCUGGCUGUUCCUGAUGGAGAGGGUCAGCGGACCCUGAGUCUGUUGGUGGAAAACUGUGGGCGUGUCCACAGAGGAAGGCACCUGGACAAACAGCAGAAAGGUUUAGUGGGCGAUGUUUUACUGAACGACAUCCCUCUAAGAGACUUCACCAUAUACAGCCUGGAUAUGAAGCCUAGCUUCAUCGAUAGCCUUUAUCAGGCACCCUGGAAAAGCCUCCCUGAGAAUCCCACUUUUCCGGGAUUCUUCAUGGGAAGGCUGUUUGCAUACGGGUACCCGAGUGACACGUUUGUGAAGCUGCCAGGCUGGGAGAAAGGUGUUGUGUUCAUAAACGGACUGAAUCUGGGCCGGUACUGGUCCAUCGGGCCCCAGCAGGCUCUCUACCUUCCUGGACCUUUCCUCAACAGUGGGAUCAACCAGGUCCUAGUCUUUGAGGAGCAGGAGGGAGACUACAGGGUCCAGUUUGAAGACACGGCCGAUCUGGGAAUGGCAGCAGAGAUCCAGUGACCUUCAUCUCAUCUUCUAAGGAGAACCCUGUUAAGAGUUUGUAGCUAGCGUGUUGUCUCUAUGGUAACAGACUGAACUAAACCUGAUCACUGGCAGUGUGUAGGCCCGUCCUCUCCCACCUGCUUUCCUUCCCACUGCCACCAACAGUGGCUACAGGAAGCCUUCACCCUCAUUUAGGUUCCCGGUUAUUACCGAACAGCUUUGAAUGCUUGUGUGAAAUAGGCUCAUGUGCUUCACAGAUGAAAGACCUAAACAGUGAUGCAGAAGCUAAAUGGUCCAAUUAAACCCAGAAUGCACUGCUGCUGCAGCCCCAGCUGAGCCCUGCAGAAUAUUCCAAGUUACCAUGUUGUAAGCCAUGCUGGGAAAAGACAACGGCUCCACAUGCCUUUGAGUUGUACAAAUCAUCUCCAUAAACAAAUACACAUGAAGGGUUUGACCUUCUGGGGAACCCUGUAGGCCAUCCCUGAAGUACAAGCAGCUCAGUGCUGCUGCACCAUUUCAGGAAUACGGAGUGCUUCUGGACCACGAACUAAUAAAGCUCUUCCCUCUCUUGA